GCGGUCGCGCGGCAGCCGCAGCGGCGGCGGCGGCGGCGGGGGGAGGAGGAGGAGGCGGCGAGGAGGCGGCGCCUGUGUCGGCGCUGGAGGUUGUGUCCUUCCUGGGGAAGCUGCUGUGCGCAGUCGCGGCGCUGAAGGCGGCUCUCUACCUGCUCCGCAGAGCGUGCCUCGCCAUGGCCUGGAAGUCGGGCGGCGCCAGCCACUCCGAGCUCAUCCACAACCUCCGCAAAAAUGGAAUAAUCAAAUCAGACAAGGUAUUUGAAGUAAUGCUCGCUACAGACCGUUGCCACUAUGCAAAAUACAACCCUUAUAUGGAUUCUCCUCAAUCUAUAGGCUUCCAAGCAACAAUCAGUGCUCCACAUAUGCAUGCAUAUGCUCUUGAACUUCUGUCCGAUCAGUUACACGAAGGAGCCAAAGCUCUUGAUGUGGGAUCUGGAAGUGGAAUCCUUACAGCAUGCUUUUCACGAAUGGUUGGUCCCAAAGGACAAGUUGUAGGAAUUGAUCAUAUCAAAGAACUAGUAGAUGACUCAAUAAAUAAUGUCAAAAAAGACGAUCCCACAUUGCUGUCUUCAGGAAGAGUGAAACUGAUUGUGGGAGAUGGAAGAAUGGGAUAUGCAGAAGAAGCUCCCUAUGAUGCAAUUCAUGUAGGAGCUGCAGCACCAGUUGUGCCCCAAGCACUUAUAGAUCAGUUAAAACCUGGCGGAAGAUUGAUAUUACCAGUUGGUCCUGCAGGGGGAAACCAGAUGCUUGAACAGUAUGACAAACUAGAAGAUGGCAGUGUCAAAAUGAAGCCUCUGAUGGGAGUGAUAUAUGUGCCUUUAACAGAUAAAGAGAAGCAGUGGUCCAGGGAUGAAUUGUAAAAGCUACAUCAUCUUGACCCAAACAUAGUGUUACAGUGGACUGCUCAUCUCCAGUUCUAAAAGCUUUUUGAAAACCAACAGCAUUGCAGCUUGUUUUGGACUUCGUUAUACCGUUGUUAUCAGCAUGGAAAAGCGUGGUGUUUGUUUUAUUUUUUAGAUGCUCGAGGCAAAUCUGAUAAAGACAUGGUAAAAAGUUUUAUGUGGGCACUGUUUUAUUUAACAUGCCUUUAUUUUACUUUCAUCUGUUCGAAGUGAAUUUCUGCAGAUGAACUGCGGAUGAAGAUCUAUAGCUUGUGAACUCUAAUUUUGAUGGGGGUACUUGAACACUCUCACUUCUCUUGGCUCCCAUGUCCCUUGGUAAAACUGCUUCUGUGCACCUUAUGACACUACAUAGGCAAUACCAGGUUUUCUGUGUUCCAAUGUCUGCUAGAUGCUACUAAAAGGAAAUGAACUUCUUUUUUUUAAGCUUUUGACAUGGUGUCAUAGACUAGCAUGUAGUAGAUACAAUCAGCUGCUUUAUUACCUUAAAAUCAGGCAUUUGUAUAUAUUGAAUUUAAAAACAUCAAAGUUGGCUGCUCUUACUAAACAUUGCUGUUUGAGUUGGGCAUAAAAGACGUGGUUUUCCCUUUCCUUCUAAAAUUAGUUAAUGAAGACUUGAAACUCUGUUUUGGUUUACAGCUCACUGCUGUUACAGUAAACAUAGAUUUACCUCCAGAAAUACAUGAGAGCUGCAUCCCAGUCACUGGGAUAAUAAGGCUAAAAACAAGAGGGAGAUUGUGCUUGUGUGGAGGACUACGAUCAGUAUGUGGCAGACAUACAGAUCUUUGCAUUAUUUAAAAAUAGGAAACAGAUCAAUAUCUAGUCUAGUUCUUUUGACAAGGCCACAUGCUGAAUUAAUGUUCUCUUUUUUUUCUGACUCUGGACACUCUGGAAAAAUUCCAUUCUUUUGACAAGCAAACUGUUGUUAUGCAAGGAAAAUGUGAUACAUGCAGAAGGAGUAGAGAAUCCUGGACUCUUACCUACAGUUGUUCAAUUUUCAUAUAAAAGAAUAGUUGGAAGGCUACAAAUCUUUUUUUCUGCCCCAAGUUUUCUGUUUUGGUAUAGGAAAAUGCAAAGCAGUACAGCAAAUUGAGCUGUUUUGGAAAAGUGGAGAGGCAUGUCUGAUUCUUCUUGCUCAGAUCGGAGCAACUGGGAAAUAUUGUAGGCAGCAUGUUGUUGUUUUCUUUUUAAUGAUAAAAAGGAUUAUAGAAUAAAAUAACCAGUAUAAACACAGCCAUUGUGAUCACUGUAAAAUGCAUUUGGAUGUCUGUGGCGGAACAGCGAUAUUUUGUGAUAGGAUUAAUCACUGAAAGCACAAAGGCUAAAAAAUUCAAAGGCCUCUGGGUCUGAAAAAGUUAACUUUUUAAAUAACCUUCCCCGUGAAGGUCAGCACAGUCCCAUUCCUGUGUGAAAGUGAUGUAUCAAUUCACAUAAAUGUUUGGAAGUCAAUGUACCACCUCCUGAUCUGACCACAGCCUGGGAGCACACACACACAAGGAUUAGUCUUAUAAAGGAAUUACUACAGCGUGUAUUCUAGAAAGCACAGUUCAGAAAAACCCAUCUGCGUCUGACGAAUUUGUACUAACCCACAAUCAACUGUGAAUCUAGUUGUUGGUGUUGAAGUGAACUAUCUUAAAUGAUGCAUGCUAAUGUUCAGCCUUUUGGUCACUGUAUCAUUCAGUUUGAGUUCAGCUUUAUUUACAUCAUCUCACUAAUUUAAUCAAUCAAAGGAAAGAUAAGAGCUCAACUGUCUCCAAAUUCUUGUCUAUGGACACAGUAACAAGCUAGCCUAAGGCAGGAGAGGUGACAGAGCUGAGACCUGGCAACAGCUCUGUGAGGAGAACACUUAAGGGACCAAGGCUGCGACGAGGCACCUGUUCUGCAGAAGGAAUUGGUGGCAGUCGGGGUGCUUGGGCAGAGCGUAGCAUGCAGGGGCAGCGUUUAGGAACUGGGGAAUGAAGACCCCUUCGUGGUGGAGCAAUGGUUCUGAAGUACAAGCUUCUUGGAGAAGAGGACAAGUUGAUGUGCAGAAGAGUUGAAGAGCUUGAAUAAAUGCUGUGUGAAAUGUCUGAAUUGCUACUUUGCCAAAUAAAUUGAGAGGAAGCUGUA